AUGUACGACGAUACUGAUUUACCUCCGCCUCCCCCAGCCUAUUCAGAGCAAGAAUUCGAUCGCAAGGUCUCCACCGCCGUAGAGGUGUCAUUGACCUUCAGUCAGCCGCCAGUUGAAGAUGAAUGGGAAGUCUGGGAUGAAGCGCUAUUCGAAGCAGCAGCUCACGACACGACUCGGCAUCACGAUGGAAGACGGAGCGGCGAUCAUGCUGGCCCAUCGACUGGGCAAAGGGACGGAUCUGUCGCUCCGCUGCGGGUGCACAAGAAGAACCCCUCCGAUUCAAAGUCUCGACCGGCCUGGCAUGAAGAAGUUAGUUAUGGUGAAGGUUCAUCCUCUAGCUCGCAUGGGCACGCGGGGAGUAGUUUGAUCACUUCAUCAACAAAUGGCAGCGAAGCCAGAACUUCUGGUAAACAGCGGCCCAGUUGGUACAACGAAGCGGGUCUGGGAGAGGCUUCAAGCCCGUUGCAAAGUAACGCGGCGGGAUCUGCCCAAUCUCGCAACCCGACAUCUUCAGGAUCUUCAUCACUACCAUCCCCGACGGUGUCGCCGUCGCAGGGGACAAAUGCUCGGACCGAGGUUCCAGUAGAAGCCUCGAUACCACCAGACAAUCAGCACGAAGUAGGCGAUGACCACGAGUCCGACGAAGAAGAUCGCAGCGCCCCGCCCCCGCCGUUCACACCCGUAGGGCCCUCUCUAGAUGGCCCCCCAUUUGAGGAAGUAGCCUCUCUAUCAUAUACUGCAAGCAGCUCGACUCCACCAUCGCCUCUGGCUUCGCCCCCAACCCCCAUUUCUCAAUUACCACCUCACAACAGAGCGGAUCACCGACAAACGUAUCAGGAAUCCCCUUCUAAUCUCCAGCAGCAGCCGCGUACGCCGUCUCGUGCGUCGGCUACUCGUAUGUCCAUGCCUAUGCCUUCGGUAAAUAAUGCAGCUCCUGCACCUCGAGUCAGACCAACAACAGCCGUACCCCCUCCCCGCCGCUUGCAGCCUAACCAGGGACCUCAGAUCGAGUUCAAUCCAUACACUGCCUAUGGCAGACGGAACGACCUUAUGUCAAGAACACCACCCGCUCAGGUCAUAGACGCCUCGGCGUUCUACAAUUCGGCGGUCUCCGCCCAUAUCGCCUCCCCGCGCAGAUACCCAAACCAGCGUCCUCAAACCAUGGAGGGCCGCCAGUACAGUAACGAUCAUAAUGCACCCCAGCCAAGCUAUAUGGGUGCACGGGUAGCUUCCAACGCUUAUAAUGCUUGGACGCCUCAACCUGUGGCCCCAAAUCCUUCCUAUCCCGCUCAGUUUGCCCCUCAGUUCACUAAUCAACAAACACCACAGUACGGCCCAGCUGUCUCUGGGGGGUAUCAAAGAAUGAAACAAGACCAGUGGGGUCAGCCAUACCCAGGACUUUAA